GCAUCCAAAAAGUACAGAAAACAGAGAUUUUUUUUGUGCGAAAUUGUAUAGAUAACAAAAAAUAUAUUCAUGGGACGGACUCCUUCCAGUAUGAAAGUUGAUCUUAACAAGGGUCCAUGGACAGCUGAAGAAGAUCUCCGUUUAAAAGAUUAUAUCCAGGCUCAUGGUGAAGGCCGUUGGAGAUCUCUUUCCAAAAAAGCAGGCCUGCUUCGAUCUGGCAAAAGCUGCAGAUUGCGAUGGAUAAAUUAUCUUCGACCAGACAUCAAACGAGGACAUAUUGCACCUGAUGAAGAAGAUUUAAUUCUCAGGCUCCAUCGACUUCUAGGAAACAGAUGGUCUUUGAUCGCGGGACGUUUACCAGGAAGGACUGAUAAUGAUAUAAAAAACUACUGGAACAGUCAUCUAAGCAAAAAGCUCAUCAGGCAGGGCAUAGAUCCUCGAACACACAGGCCCCUUUCUGAAUCUGAGGACAUAUGGUGGAUCCCUCAGGACACGUAUGUGGAUAAAAACGUUCUCCAGUACACUAUAAUACCGGAAAGUGCUGAUCAAGAAAUACAUGACAAAGAUUCAGAUUUCAUGAUAGCAGGUCAUAGGGUGGACCAGAUUUGCUCUUCAAUGGCUACACCAGCAAUCUCUUGUAUAGAAAGUGCACCAACCAUUUUGCCAAUCUCUAGUGAGGAGGUUCACUGUGUUGAAACGAGAGAUUCCAAUCGUUGUGAGACUACGAAACAAUUAACACACAGCAGCUGGUUUCCUUAUUCUCUUCCUGAAACUCCAAUGGAAACAGCUUAUGGAAAUAGCAGUUCAUAUAUGCACCCUUCAUAUCUGGAAUCACUUAUCAAUGAAGAGUUUGGGAUGCCAGAGCCUACUCUUGGAUACAAUUCUGUUACACAGCUGUGGCCACAUCAGUCUGAACUUCCAAGUCCUGGCUCUGAAUUGUGGUCUAAACUCCACUCUCCCAGUAUGCAUUGCCAUCCUUCUUGUUAA